AUGCUGCCAUACGGAUCCUCCGAAGCCCUGAGCAGCAAACCGGGCGGCGCAGAGGGCAAGGAGGCGUCCCAGCCGUUCGGCCAGGCGGCCGUCGCCUUCCCGGCCCUCCUGGGCCCCGCCAGAUCCGCGCAGCCGUGCGGCCGCCAGCCCUCUCCCGCCGCCAGCCGGCCUGACCUGGAGGGCGAGGGCUACCCCAAGCCGCCGGUGCUGCCCCUCCUGGGGGCGUACCCCGGCGCCGAGGCGCUGAACGGGAACUACCAGUGCCGCCUGCAGGCGCUGAACUUCUGCGUCAACGAGCACAGCUGCGCCACGGCGCUGGAGCACCUCCUGGCCUCGCCUGCCGUCUCCGCCCCGGCCAGCCCCCUCCAGCCGCCCCCCUUCGUGCAGCUCCCGGGGGAGCAGGAGGCCUGGGCCGGGACCCCCUUCUCCCUCCAGGGAGGGAACGGGUACCAGCUGGGCCUCCCGCACUGCCUCUACAGGACGCCAGGCAUGUUCUUCUUCGAGUGACGGCCGGGCGGGGGAAGGCACCCCGCAAGCGUGCGCAGCGCCGCCAAGACCCCGCACCUCUCCAGCGGGACCGACGCACACCCCAGCGGCUGCCUCCGCCCUGGCAUAGCCCCAGGGCCUCCGAGGGAUGGAGGCCACCGGCGCCCGGUUCCAGCCGAGAGAAAGCCUCCCCUGCCUGAUGGACCAAAGUACUUUUUACUUUUUUGCUAGUGGAAUAAACGCAUAUUGCACCCUA